ACUCAAGAAAAACCUUUCUCGCUUCGCCCGCCCGCCCACGGCCUGCCGCGCGUCGACGUCUCCGUUCCCCUCAGCCUUAUCCAUGCACCCGCGCUCCCAGCUGCCGACGGAGAUGGAGUGCCGCUCCUGAACAAAGCUAAGCUCCCCCAGCCAACGCCUCCGAGCUGAUGCCGCUCGCCGGCAUUGCACUCGCGCCUCUCCUCGUCUCCCCUCACGCGCCUUCCUCUCCCCGUGGCAGCGUCGCCGUCUCUGUAGAGGCCGCGAGAAGGCGUCGCGCGCUACGGCGAGUGCGGUGCUCGGCCGCAGCGGCGUCCGGCGGAGACGGGGACGCCGACGAGCUCUCACGCGCGACGCUGCUCUGGAGAGCGGCCAAGCUGCCCAUCUACUCCGUGGCGCUCGUGCCACUCACCGUAGGCACUGCUGCUGCUUAUAACCAUGCGGGGCUGUUCUUUGCCAGACGCUACUUUGGCCUCUUGGCUGCUGCUAUCCUUGUGAUCACCUGGCUCAAUCUGAGCAGCAAUGACGUUUAUGAUUCAGAUACUGGCGCUGAUAAGAACAAGAAAGAAUCUGUCGUCAACAUUGUUGGCAGUUGGGCAGUGACACAAUAUGCUGCAAACGUUCCUCUUCUGUUCGGCUUUGGAGGGCUAUUUUGGGCCUUUACAGAAGCAGGAGACGUCAGGUUCAUCACUUUGGUUCUAUGUGCAAUCCUUUGUGGUUAUGUUUCUCAGGUGUUCUGAAGCGUCCUUCGAGUUCGAGCUCCGCCUCGAUCUCAUUUGUGCCACGGUCCUCCUCCCUGCAGCACGCUCUGAUCUCCUAUGCAACGUGCUGCUCUAUUCGUCAGUAACCACAAGAUUUUACAGAGAAAGUGGUACUAUUUAACCUCACACAGGAUGUGGUAUGGAUCAAUGGGAUCACCAAGUGUCUUCUGUGGCAUAUUGCUUCGGUGUGAGAGGCGCAUGUCCUCCCUUUCCCCUAUCCCCUCGCCUCCCGUCACUUCCCUGAGUCUAGCUGGUGCCGCAGUCAAUGCUGUUGUCUACCUCGUCUUCCUUUCAUUUUUUUCACCCAUGCUUUGGUUGAAGUCGUUGUUUGGUUCCCAGGCUGGACAAAUCCUGCAUUUCUAAAAUCAUUGAUUUGUUUC